AUGGGUAAUGUGACAUCAAAUGUGGCGGCCAAGUUCGCCUUUUUCCCACCGGACCCGGCAACAUACGGCAUAACAAAUGAUGAGGAGACCGGGAAGCUGGUCUUCGCCGGAGUCUCGCCGGACAAGAACAUGGAAGCCCACCAGCUCACCACAAAGUCCGGUAACAAAGUCGUCGCCACGUUCUGGCGACACCCUUUUGCGAGAUUCACGAUUCUCUAUUCACAUGGCAACGCAGCUGAUCUUGGCCAAAUGGUCGAGCUCUUCAUCGAGCUCCGUGCUCAUCUCCGCGUCAACAUCAUGAGUUAUGAUUAUUCAGGCUAUGGAGCUUCAACAGGAAAGCCGUCUGAGUUCAACACAUAUUAUGACAUUGAAGCAGUGUACAAUUGCUUGAGGAGCGAUUAUGGGAUCAAGCAAGAGGAGCUGAUUUUAUACGGACAGUCUGUAGGAAGCGGACCAACGCUGCACAUGGCUUCUCGGUUAAAGAGGCUGAGAGGAGUGGUUCUUCACAGCGCCAUUCUCUCUGGCAUUAGAGUCUUGUAUCCUGUCAAAAUGACACUCUGGUUCGACAUUUUCAAAAACAUAGACAAGAUUCGACAUGUCAGCUCCCAAGUUCUUGUCAUACAUGGCACAAAUGAUGAUAUUGUGGAUUUUUCACAUGGGAAGAGAUUGUGGGAGCUGGCUAAAGAGAAGUUUGAUCCGUUAUGGGUGAAAGGAGGAGGGCAUUGCAAUCUAGAGACUUAUCCUGAGUACAUUAAGCACCUGCGCAAGUUCAUAAACGCAAUGGAGAAACUCUCUUUAACAAACCCACCACCAAAACAACUAACCAAUGAGCCUAGUAUCACUGAACCUAAGCACCAUCGGUGCUUGAGACUUGGGAAAAGGUAG